GGACUAUAGUUACUUAAAUAGUAUAUCGAUAUAAUUUGCGAUUUUCGCAGAGGCUAAGACAUUUUAAACGUCGAAAUGAUAUAAAUCAUAAAGUAACAGGAAAAAUUAGAAACUGUGUGUCUGCGAUCACGUCUGUAUAGAGGUCGUGACCGAAUCUAAAGAAGUAGAAUCCCGUUCAACAGUGGAAGGAUUGAAGUCGAGGUGAUCGCAGAAAAGGUAGUUGACAAAACGUCUAUCGUGCUGUCGCGGGAGAGAGUGUAUGGUGCAUGUUAAGAAGGAUCGUUCGCAGCUUAAAUCUCAUAAUAUUGUAGAAUAUUGCAAAAAUCAACGACACGUGCAGCCGUGUAGCAGUAAAUUGAAUUUCACCGACAGGUCAUCCAGGAGUGCACAAUGAGCUUCCUAUUUGGAAGCAGGUCUUCGAAAACCUUUAAACCAAAGAAGAAUAUCCCUGAGGGAACUCAUCAAUAUGAUUUGAUGAAGCAUGCAGCAGCCACUCUAGGCUCUGGAAAUUUGAGACUUGCAGUUAUGCUCCCAGAAGGUGAAGAUUUAAAUGAAUGGGUUGCAGUAAAUACUGUUGAUUUUUUCAACCAAAUCAAUAUGUUAUAUGGCACUAUUACAGAGUUCUGUACAGAAGAAAGUUGUCCCAUUAUGUCUGCAGGACCUAAAUACGAAUACCAUUGGGCUGAUGGGCAUACUGUGAAAAAGCCAAUUAAAUGUUCUGCACCAAAGUACAUUGAUUAUUUAAUGACUUGGGUGCAGGACCAAUUAGAUGAUGAAACCCUAUUUCCUUCAAAAAUCGGAGUCCCUUUUCCAAAAAAUUUCUUGUCCAUUGCCAAGACAAUAUUGAAAAGAUUAUUCAGAGUGUAUGCACAUAUUUAUCAUCAACACUUCAGCGAAGUGGUUCAACUUGGUGAAGAAGCACAUUUAAAUACUUCAUUCAAACAUUUUAUCUUUUUUGUUCAGGAAUUUAACUUGAUAGAAAGAAGAGAACUGGCGCCAUUGCAAGAAUUAAUAGAGAAGUUAACAGCGAAGGACGCCCGAUGAACGAUUUUAAUCGUCAACCGAAAACUCCUCCAAAGACUCUCACCCGUGCUAUCUUUUUAAUCAAACGUGUAAUUGUGCAUGUUAUUUAACUAAUCCAAUUCAUUGCUAACGCGAUCAUCGCCUCGAAGCAGGAGUCACUGGUAUUGUACUACAUAACAUAUUUUAUUCAUUUACAAAAACGAGUGACUGAUUUACGCAUUUUAAUAACGAAGACGAAUCUCGAUAAAAACAGAGUUCUGUCUAUUUGGGAGAUCGAUAAAAUUACAGAGUAAAGAUCGAUAGGGUGAGGAUUAUUAACGUAGACUUUUGUAAAAUAGUUAUACAUUCGAUACAAUUUGUCCGUUUUAUUUUACAUCUUGAAAGAAGGAAAAAAUUUUUGUUUCUUAAGUAGUCGAGAUGUUUUGUGGUGAAUUGUAAUUUAUUACGCGUAACGAAUUUUUAUACUUGGAACAAAGAUUAGCGUAAGAGACGAAAAAAAUAAUUCAUAUCGACUAUAUAAAGUGGAUUACAUUUUUAAAAAAACGUUAGAAACAACGAUUACACUUGGUCUUACGUUUCUUAUUCUCAUUGUUUGUUAUUAUCUUUCAUACUAUUGCACAUUAUGCUGUUUUAUCGUAAAAGUUCGAGAAAUAUCGUAACUUUUAUAAAUAGAAACGAUACUACGCGUAAUGUCUGAAAAUAAGAAUGCUCUCGAUAGCAUUUCUAUAUCUUUUUUUUAAAUUUGCGACAACUUUAUGAAAACGUUGCGCCUUUGAUUAUCGACAUGAAUUGGUACAACCUGAUAUUGAACAUUUUAUAUCAUUGCUAAACUAUACAUUGUUAGUACAUAACAUUAUUAAGUUAAUAUUACGCUAUUUACAUUAAACUUCAUACUAUGUAAUUAGUUUAGACGAUUAUUAUCAUCGUGUCAAGCGCUUGCAAUAGAAAUUAUUUAUAGCGUUAGGGAUUUUAUACGCACCAUAUCUUUUAUUCUUUAUACGAGUGAAUUUUUGAGUCUGUUCUCUUUUAGAAAGCAUGUUAUAUUAUAUUUAAGCCGUUUGCGUCGCAUUACUGGGAAAGUUCUUUUUGCAUUUCAGCUUUUUUCAUUUUUGGUAUUUUAUGUAAAAAUGAUUGCUUCUUGUACGUUAUAAAAACAUUUGUACAUGAAUAUACCAAAAAUUAAUAAUUUCAUUUCUAGGUAUAACAUAGAUUCGAUUCAAAACAUGUUUUCUAAAGAAGUUAGAAUUAAUUCGAUGGAUACAGGGUAUCCCAGGAGAAACGCAAAGGGCAAACAUUUUCGUAUAAAUAAUACUAAAUAUGUGAUGUGCAUAGUCACAGUAUACACAAUCACACAUGAUUUAUUUCGCUAUUAAGAAAUGAAUUUUGAUAUAUAGAAAUGUCAAAUAGAACGUAUAUUCGUUUAUAGCGCGUUCAGCUACGCACGAUAGUUUUCUCGCUUAUAGCAGAGAUGAGAUGUUAAUAUAUAUACAUAUAUAUUAAUGUAAAUGCUUGCUGUUUUCACGCGCGGUGAGACUGCACCCGUUGCAUUCGAAUAUUUAAAUGGAUGCAUUGUAUUCGCUUGUAACUAGAAAAUACUCCUCAGAUAGUUUCUGUUCAUACACUGUGCCCUUUGCUGUGAUGAUCGGACUUUUGCAUUUCUGUGUAACGAGCUACAUUUACGUAUGGCGGGGUAAAAUUUUAACUAAAUUUUCGUACUGCUAUUGAUGUAAGUGGCUAUCGUUUGAACGGAGUAAUAUAGGAGGAUAAGAAGUUAUUGCUUAUACGAUCAUGAGACAUACGUUUGCUUUCAAUGGACCAGGCUAUUUUGUGAUAAGUAACGCAUAAAGUGAAUACUGAAUCAGAAGAGAUACAAGGAGAUGUAGUGGCUGUACCUUUCUUUGAUAUCUUUCAUUUAAGAUCUUGAUAAGAAAAGUCCAGAAAGAUUCGUUUAGUAUUAUAUCUAGUAUAAAAAUUACAAUACAAUCUUGUUUAUUAUGAUUCAUGGUUUACAUAUACAAUGACUAUUUUAUAUGCAAAUUGUGAGUUAGGUGUUGUUAUGUGAGUCUAAAGAUUCCUUGUCAUUUAAUAUACCAAAAAGAUUAAUUCAAGUCAUUCAAAUCAUUUAAAAAAAUCAUUUCUUUUUUAAUAAUUAAAUGUUAAUCAGAAGGGACAAGGACAGGUAAUGAAGAUGAGAAAAAGUGAAGUUGACGAACUUGUUUUCUGAAAAGUUCGUACGUUUCCAAGUUUCUAAUAUUGCUCGAUUUGUUGUCAAAUUACUAUCGCAAUUCUCCUUGUAUAUCUUAUCAGUUUACUGACUAUACAUGAAAAACUUAUCUCAAAACAGUCUAAUAUUAUGAUGCAGCGAGCGAAAACAUUGUAAUUAAUGGAAUUCGAAAUCGCGACAUAGAUUACAAGUUGUUAGCAUUCAAAGCGAAUAAAAGGAACAAAAUGUUAUUUUUUUAUAUUAAGGAAAAAUGGUCUGCUAUUAUUUAACAGGCACUGAUUAGAGUUUUUGCUUAUCUUUCUCGCGUUGGCGUAUAAACAAUUGAAACAUUAUAUGAGGUUGCUCGAUGUGAUAUCACUUUUCAUGUAAAUCACGAGGAUCAAUGAGAAAUUUCGCGAGGUCCAGGAUUAAUAUAAAUGUAUUUUAUUAUAAACGAUAUAAACAAAUUAGCUUUCGUAAUAACCUAAAUAUAUAUCGAUAGAGGAAGGAAAGGAUGAACGAGAGGAAAUAACUAAUAGAAAUGGAAUAGAAUGGAACAAGUUUCAAGGGAGAACGAUUACGAGAUAGGCUUUCUUCCGCGAUGGUCUACAGGCGUGUUUCUCAAUGUAAAAUGAAUAUAAGUAACAGUAAAAGUAACAAUAAUAAUGGCUCGUAUCGACGAUAAUAUUGUAUUCAGUACUUAAGAAGACCGGAAGAAUUGUACCUUAUAGAAUGAAAAAAAAAACUUUUCUCGCAGCAAACAAGCACGAUUUCGUCUCUCUCUCUCUCUCUCUCUCUCUUUCUCUCUCUUUUUCUCUCUCUUUCUUUCUUAGUCACAUAUUUAGGUUAGAGGGGCGAGAUCGUUUGAAUAUAUUAUCGUUGUCAGUUAGAAAUUAUUUUACACACAAGUAACGCUGUUACUAAUUACAAUUACUCUUAUUAUUAUUUUUAUUAUUAGUAGUAUUAUCGAUAUGAUUAUUAUAUACGAUACUGACGCUUCUAUGGCUAUUUAUAUAAUAAUUUACACGAUUAAAUGUCGUUAGAUCGUCGUUGAACGAUAGCCUGUAACAAAACGCACUUGAGUCACCUCUCUUUGUUUCUUUUGACUGAAAAUAUACGCGAACCCGGCAUGUUACAUUUUUCGACUGACUUGUUACUUGAAAAGAUAAGCGAUAUUUUUUUUAUAUAUAUAUAUAUAGAUAUAUAUAUAGAUAUGAUUUCUCUUUAAGCUUGUGCUGUUCUCUUUACUUUUUCUUCUUUUCUUUUUAUCUUUCUUGUCUAGAAUCUUUUUGAGGAUCGUUUCCUUGGCAUCGCUGGAAGCUCUUUCAUAUGAUCACCAAUUGAAGAAACGUCUAAUUGUUUCAAGAUUUUGAAUGAAAAAGUAAAGUAAAUGCAAGGAAAUAAAAUAAGAAAAUAGAAAAGCGAAGAGUGCGUGUAAUGAGAGAAUAACAGAUAUUUUAAGGAUUCAGCUAGGUUCUUAGAUGUCGAAAUUUCUAUUUUAUGAAAGUAUCGGUUUUUUUAGGCAGACAGGAACUACUGGCGCAACUUAAAAAUUCAAUAAUUUGUUAAUGAUAAUUGAUUUUGUUUGUGUAUCUGAAAGAAAAGAAUCAUAUUAUUUCAACGAUUGAUUUUUAUUAAGUUUAUAAGAGCAUUAAUUCGGAUAUUAACUGUAAGACAAAUUUUGUCAUUAUGAUUGAUAGUUGAAUAAAAAUUGUUUGUUCCUUCAAAACUAAGUGCGAAGAGCUUUCAGGAAUACCGAUUGUUUAUUCGUUUUUUUAACGACGCUAGUGAUAUAUCUGUGCAAUGUAAAUAAUAUUUUUUUCAAAUAAACGAAAGCUCACGCGUAACCGUAAACAUAA